AUGGACAUUCGCACUCCCCGCAGCGAGAAGCUGCCCAAGUCAUCUCAGCUUCAUCAUUCCUUCACUUUUUCUACCCCCAGCAACAAGAACGACCACAGCCUCCGUAAGCGAGCUCGCACCUUUGAGUUUGGCCUCGACGGCGCUGCAGACGAUGAGGCUGAAGUUAAGGGCGGCCACUCUCUUCGCAAGCGCGCUCGUGUCGACUACGCCCAAAUUGGCGAUGAAGAAGAAAGCACGCAGGAUCCCAAUAACACCAACACCACCACCACCACCAACAAGCCUGAGCUGAAGAUGCCCGCCACCGCAUCAGCCCGCGGCCGUAAGCGCAGAGCCAACGAGGUUGACUAUGAUGCGGAUGACCUGCCACCGUCUACUGUGACUAAGAAACGCGGUAGAUAUGAGAAGCAGCGCACCGAGUCUCCUGCAUCUUCACGUCGCAAGCAGCCCCAGAGAAAGACUUCGACUCAGUCGAGGUCUUAUGUGGAGCAGCAACCCUCUGACACCGAGCUGAAGGAUACCAUCGAAGUUGGUGUCCAAUACUCGGAGUAUGAGUCCUCUGAUGAGCAAUCUGUGUUCAAGCACUCGGAUACUGCUAGUGUCUCUUCCGAUCAGCUUAAUAUCGAGAACUCUGCUGAAGCUGUUGCUCUAGCCAACCAGCCGGCUCUAGAGUCUCACAACACUGUAUCAACCACAACCCUCUCCCAAAAUUUUGUUUCCACCCCCUCUGACGACAACCUUGUCAAAACUGAGGAUGUCGCGCCGAAACAUGUUCAGGAAUUUCCGGAGCAUCAAAAAUUCUCAUCUCCAGUCGACCCUACCUUAUCCGCCUUGUCUGGUCAAGCCACCAGUGACAACUAUGUGCCUAUUGACGGCUCUUCUUAUGAGCAGCCGUCAACUAACGGCGUUUCUGUUUCAAAGCCAGAUGACGAGACCGAAAAGCAAGUUUCAGAACAUGUCAAUACAAAUUCCGCUGAGAAUGAGGAGUUGAACGUUGCCGCGGAACCAGUUGGGGGCCAAGCUCCACAAGAAACUCAACCCAAGUCUUUAACCACACCACAACUCAUUGAGCCCACUCCUACUGAAGACAAAGCCACUCCUCAGUCUCAGGCCACAGAGGCUGCUCUGACCAAUGGCUCCUCAUCUACCACUACCGCCGCAGAGGAUGCUCUCAUUGAGCAACCUACUCCUAGCCAACUUGAAGUGAGUGACGAACAAUUAGAAUUGCAGGAGCGCUAUAAGGACCUCCGUCCUGGUACUGUAAUUAUCGACGACGAUGGCGAGGUCAUCUACACCGUACCUCGAGAUAAACCCAGUGCCGCUUCAGUCCGAGGAUCACAUCGGCGUCGACAACUCGAUAUCGGUGACAACAUGCUUGUUUCUGAAAAGAGUUUCGACAACAAGCAGCCACGGUCCCUGAGCCCUCAUGGCCUUGCUGUGAAGAGCCCUUCAUAUGGUCCAUCUUCCCGCGGACCCUCUUCCAGAGAUAGUAGCUUCCAGCCCGAGUUGCUGCCUCAGUCAUCCACUCCUCCUGUGUUUACUAUCCCCACACAACCUUCUCAACCAGAAGCAACCCAGACUCCGCCAAAGGUCGGACGACCUCGAGGUCGUAGACGCAAGGAGACUCAGGAUGACAAGGCUCAGGCCACAACACCCACCCUCUUGCUACCACCCGGUGGUCAAGUCGCUGAACACGACUAUUCACAUCUCAAGCCUUACGUCGAUGGGGAAAUGGAAGCGUAUCCAGAAAACGCUGGGGAGUCUGCUGCGCCAACCCCGGUUCCCGAAGCUUCGGAACCCGUCGAGGAGCGGGUUGAGGCAGCUGACGAUCAAGCUGAUGAGGAUAGCCAGCAGCAGGCGGAGGCAGUUGACGAGCCACUCAUCGUCGACCCGGCCCUCGAGUCAGCUGCAAACAUCACUGGAGGUGCUGAUACACCCAUGGACUCCGGGGAUGCUCCGUCACCCCAGGACACUAACAAUGGAGAUGUCGACCAGCCAACACCGGAUGAGCCUAUCAUCGAGAGCAUGCGACCGCGCAAGUCGCGCAAGCAGUUCCCCUAUCAACGACUUACUUCACCAAGCGUGUUCAUCGACGCCCUCAAGAACCACAAGGAGAUGAAUGAUGCUGAUCUCUACAACUGUCUCGAGCAAGUGGUCGAUUGCCUAUAUAUUUGGCAGGAUGAGUGGCAGAGCUUGAAGCUGAUCACCGACGAUGAGGACAACGCUGUUCGCCGUAGAGCCGCGGACAUUGCGUUUGAGAGCAAGUUGGAGAAGCAGAUGAAGAUGCUGCAGGCCCUCAGGAAGAAGAACCAGAACGGGUUCGUUGAUAUGACUCCCGCCGUCGAGAAAGACUUUGCCAUCAAGGGCGUCCGGGUCAAAGAGCCCACCUACAAGAGCGACAAGGCCUAUCAUCGCGCGCAGGAUCAAGUUAUGGCGCAGGCCUAUGGUUUCGAAUACGAUCCACGGGAAACUAUGAUUUCCAAACAGGAUCCCAUCAACCAGAGAGAUGGUCUUCAGAAUAGCCGACUGCGAAAUCGCCCAAAGAUUAGCCAGAGACUACUUGAGGCUACUAAUGAAGACCCGAGUGCAGUCAUUGUUCCAGGAAAGAGAACCAGACGGCCUCGAGGCGUUGAGGACGAGAGCCAGAGCCAGAGCCGGGCCGCAACACCUGCUGAAGCCCCUCGCCCUUCAGGACGUGGUCGACGUAGGGGUCCCAUGCCUCGACAGAAUACGGCGACCAGUUUCACCACUUCAGCGUUGGCACAGACAAAUGGCGAAGAUUGGCCUGUGGAAGAAGCAGAUGCCGCGCCAAAGCGUGGUCGGCGCCGAGGCCCCAAACCCAAAGAGGCUGUCGCCACACCUGCGGAGGAGCAACAGACAGAUGCUGAGAAGCCCAAGAAGAAGAGAGGGCGUCGGUCCAAGGCCGAGAUCAUGGCACAGGAGGAGUCCGAGGGCAUUGCAGAGCCUCAAGCCAAGCGCCAGCGCCGUGGCCCGGGACGUCCUCCAAAUCGUGUCGAGAUCCCAGCGGCGUCGUUCUAUCACAACCCGUCCCCUGCGGAUACCGAGCCUACACCUACCGACGAGUCACGUCCUACAACUUCUUCCUCAAGUGGCACUGCCCAUACCGCUGAGUCUAACUACUCUUUCCGCGAGCGCAAGCGCAAGAACUACACUGAGCUCGCCAACGUCGGCUUCAGUAGCGAAAUUGAGCCUAAGCCCAAGAGAGCCCGGCGCACCAAGAAGGAACCAACUCCGACACCUCCUGUCUUCAACGCAGCGCCUGCCACGGGCUUCUUCCCUACGGCCAUGUCUAAUGGACCCGCCCUGGCUCCUGCGCCUCCACGCCAUGAUCUUGGUGUUCCUGGUAUUGGUCAUGCCGGAGGAGCAGCCAAGAUGAAGAUCAAAAUCACCAAUAACAAGGGCAAGGCUGCUAUGCCUCCCAACCCAGCUCUUGCACCCGCCCCAUUCCAAUUCUCCGUCAGCGGGCCUGGUCAACCCAUGACUGGACCUCCCAGCCGCUCCGUGUCCGCCGGCCCAUCAAAGGCUCCGUCUCGUCGCGCUACUCCUGCCCCGUCUGCCGGGUCGUCGUCUGCUGCGCCUGGCGCGGAUGGCGAGAAGGAGUAUGCCACCAUGACGAAGUCGGAGAAGAUGAGCGCCAGCAUGAAAGCUCGAUGGGCAAACGGUUCGAUGCAGCGCGCCGUCGACAAGCGAAAGGAGACGCUGGCUCGCAAGAAGGAGACCCUGAAGCAGCAGGCCCAGGACAGAGAAACUCCGCUGAGCGGCACCGAGCAGCCGCCGCAGCAGGUCGUUGCUCCUGGCGCGCCUGCCGCCCCCGUCAUGACCUUCAGUCGCAUCGACAAUCAUGAAGCUGCUUACGGCCAGAAGAAGACCGAGGACAAGAAGGUCGACACAGUUGACGAGAAGAACGAAGACAAAGUCGACACAAUUUCGGAGAAGGACGGUCAAGUCGACACAGCUGGAAAGAAGAACGAUGAAGUCGACACGGUCGACAAGAAAGCCGACGACGAGGGUCGUCGCAAGGAUUGA